CAGAAAUGAGAAGAAGUCAAUUUUUUGGUUAUGUUAAACUUCAUCAUUUAUUUGAUAAUGGAUAUCAAUAAUGGUGAGAAAGCAAUCAAGAGGGAGAAUGAUUUUUUUACUGAAAAUAUUGUCAUCAAAACCGAAUUUAUUGAAGAAGAGAUCAGGAAAGAUUUCUUGAUCAGAUGCGAAGUCUGUAAAGAUUCUAUUAGUGGAACAGUUUGUAUCCAUAAUAUGAAUGGUUCUUGUAGAGACAUAAAGAAAGAGAUGAUAGAUGACCAGUAUAUAACGACCCAGGAACUCGAAGAUUCCAAAGUCAACUGUAAUGAUUUAAAAUUAUCGCUGAAAGAGGAAAAUUCAUUGGAUAGUAAAGAGUUGUUGUCACAUACUGAGGACUUUGUCAAGAGUGAAAUAGACUAUGUCAGAUCAGAGGAAGAAAGUGAUUGUUUCUAUGAUAAUUGCAAUGAAAUUGUUACCGAUGCAGAGUCACGAUUGAGGUUUGAUGGGUUGGAAGUGAGCAAUGUUGAACAGGAUUCCACCAAAGAGUCCUACGAGAAUUUGGAGGCUGUUGUGAAAAUAUCUUCGGAAGAAAAACUGAUUCAGUGUAAUUUAUAUCCCAGAUCAUUCACCCAAUUUAGGUCCUUGACAAAUCAUGAUAGAUCUCAUGAGACAGAAACAUCAACUAGUUCUACAGUUGAUUCAGUAAAAAAUGAAAUUGAAUAUCUUUCAAAGAAUUCUGCUUUUGUUGGAGAAACUGGAAUGCACGCAGGAAAAAAGCCUUCCAAGUGUAAAGUCUGUUCAAAAUCAUUUUUCGAUAGAUCUAACUUGAUAAGACAUACUAGAAUACACGCAGGAGAAAAACCAUAUGAGUGUGAAAUGUGUUCAAAAACUUUUUCUGACAGUUCUGCUUUGGCUAAGCAUUCUCAAAUUCAUACUCCGAAAAAAAUUGAUAGUAUUCCUAAGGGGGAAAAAUCAUAUUAUAAGUGCAAAGUCUGUCCAAAAUAUUUUUUUCGUAGGUCUGCUAUGGUUGUUCAUUCAAGAAUUCAUACUGGGGAAAAACCAUAUGAGUGUAAAAUCUGUUCAAAAUCAUUUGCACAAAAUGAAACUUUGUUGAUUCAUUCAAGGAUCCACACAGGAGUAAAACCAUAUCAGUGCAAAUUAUGUUUGAAAUCAUUUUAUAGCGAUUUACAUUUGAUGGCUCACUCCAGCAUUCACAAUUAAACACAAGAGAGUCAGAAAUUCAAAAUUCAUAUUUGUAUCUACACCAGAUAUAGCAAUGAAAUAAUGAACUGAAUGCUGAAUUGAAAUUUCUGUAUGACUAAAUAAAAAAAAAUAUUGCA